AGUACCUCCCCCACUAGUAGUACCUCCCCCACUAGUAGUAUCUCCCCCACUAGUAGUACCUCCCCCACUAGUAGUACCUCCCCCACUAGUAGUACCUCCCCCACUAGUAGUACCUCCCCCACUAGUAGUACCUCCCCCACUAGUAGUAUCUCCCCCACUAGUAGUACCUCCCCCACUAGUAGUACCUCCCCCACUAGUAGUACCUCCCCCACUAGUAGUACCUCCCCCACUAGUAGUACCUCCCCCACUAGUAGUACCUCCCCCACUAGUAGUACCUCCCCCACUAGUAGUACCUCCCCCACUAGUAGUACCUCCCCCACUAGUAGUACCUCCCCCACUAGUAGUAUCUCCCCCACUAGUAGUACCUCCCCCACUAGUAGUACCUCCCCCACUAGUAGUACCUCCCCCACUAGUAGUACCUCCCCCACUAGUAGUACCUCCCCCACUAGUAGUACCUCCCCCACUAGUAGUACCUCCCCCACUAGUAGUACCUCCCCCACUAGUAGUACCUCCCCCACUAGUAGUACCUCCCCCACUAGUAGUACCUCCCCCACUAAUAGUACCUCCCCCACUAGUAGUACCUCCCCCACUAGUAGUACCUCCCCCACUAGUAGUACCUCCCCCACUAGUAGUAUCUCCCCCACUAGUAGUACCUCCCCCACUAGUAGUACCUCCCCCACUAGUAGUACCUCCCCCACUAGUAGUACCUCCCCCACUAGUAGUACCUCCCCCACUAGUAGUACCUCUUAUAUAGGUAUCCCAUUAGGGGCCUGCUCGUAUUAUUAUUAUGUCAAAUCACACAAAAAUGCGAUAUAA